AUGGAGGAGUCAGAGACACAACCGGGCAGUCAGAAGGAGGAUAGCCAGAUUAACAGAGACAUAGAGCAGCAUGCACAACAGCUAUGCAUCAACACGGAGUCUCAUGUCCGGCAUCAGCGGAGCCCCGUCACGAAGUCGGAAGCCUGUCGAAGCAUGCGCACGCUCAGUUUUCUCCUCGCCUUCUCGCUGGUAAGCGGCAGCGACCUGAACGACUGCCGCUGUGCUUGGCUUGGACUCGACAAGGCGCAGCGCCUCGCCAUCUACCAGGGGCAGCCGCCGGAACAGCCAUCAAACGGCGCCACAGUACCAGCGGCUUGGGCCUGCUUCCAGAACCGCAUCUAUCAAGAAGGGUGGUCCUACCUGGAAGUGGAGACGAACCCCAGUGUCGAAGACGGCAUCCAGGCAUACGCCGCCGGUGCUCUCGAGGCACAUUUGACUCGUCAGCUUAUGGACAAUCACUGGUUGAACAUGUUCGGCGGGUACUGCCGCGGCAACAGCCUUUAUUGCAGCCGUCUUCGCCAGUUCUUCGACGCCAACAUCGGUUUCUCUCAGGGAAUGCAGGACUUACAUCGAGAGACGGACUCCUACUGGCGCAUG